CAGCUUCCCGGUCAUAUCCGUACAAGGUUUGAAAGGGUGUGUGUGUGUGCGUGUAAGCGGUUUCGUUGACGAUUCAAUAUAGCAAGCUCACCAACACACGCAAAGAACCAGCCUCUGUCAGGUAACUUUCAAGUAAAAUCCAAUAUGAAGGCAUCGAAAGUGUCAUUUACGACAUCUCCUUCUAUGUAAUACCUUCGUUAGAACGGACCUACUUAUGAACGAUUUUCAUGAGUGCAGAAUUCGGUUCUCGUGUAUCCCGCUGUGUCCGUCGUCAAGUAGAAGCAUUGCAUUUGAUUGUCGAAGCGGUUCUCAUAUUUGGGUCGUAGGAGGCACUGCCUGUUUGCAACAGUGCACGCAAGCAGCAGAAGCCAUUUUUAUGUACGAAUUUUUUGUGCCGACUUAACGCAGUACCGCGUAGGAAUUCCUACUAGAGGGAGCGAACCUGGUGCGCAAAGUCGUAGCGCUACCGAGUGCUAGAAAAAUUAGACAUUCUGUGAUAAAGCAAGCAGUAGGUAGACUGAUGCAAACGUUGCGAUUUGGUGGCAGCUUUGAGAACGAACUCACUUUCAACCUCGUACCCGUGCGCUAGAGCGUUGUGUGAUGUGUAUGCUUCCGUGAAAGUUUAUGUGCGUAUGUGUAUAUAUAUAUAUGUAAAUGGUGUAUAUGUGUGACGGGAAAACUAUCCAGUAAAUCUUAACGCGUUUUCCUUUCCCACACCUCCCCUCCUGCAAGGGGGAAGUGAAGGGUGGUAAAAGGACGACGAAGUAGAAAACGUAUCUGGACAUUGGUAAUACGUUUUUGCGAAAGAGAUUUCUCGACGAAAAAGCUAUUCCAUAGUACGUGUGACCAUCUAGGAUGCAUCCUACUUUCUCUAUUGCAUCAGUGCGUGCAUAUUUCAUCUGUUGGGGCUAAUAUAUUGCCCGGCUAGAGAGACACUUUGUUCGAAACGAAGUUUCGGUUGUGUAAAAAUAUAUAGUGAAAUCGCUUAUGCUAGCAACAAACUGCUAUUGUUCGUGAUGACAGUAGCCCCCCGCGCUCCCCCCCACUCCAUGAUCCAUGAAUGACAGUUGCGAGUGAAAAACGCUGACAAAUUGGAAGCUGCCUGACGACUUGGUGCAUCAUCACCAUUUGUGUGCUUGUGUUCCAGUUUUGCGAGAGAAAGACUUUGAAACCGAAUUGAUAUUAGCAAACCGUAAUCGAUUACCGAGAGAGGAGUUUUGCGAAAAGCGGGGGAGUGUUGAGCCGUAAGUGAGGAAACCAUGUCCGAUUCGGCAUCCGACACGCUGGAGGGUCCCUUUCAUUCCGGCAAGGGACCCUUGCUGAUGGAAGACGUCGAGCUGUACGGAAGUCGGCACCGUUCCCUCACACCGAGCACUGGCAACGGAGGUGGCGGCGGUGGCAGUGGUGCUGCUGGCGGUGGUAAGAAAGAUGCAGGGUACGAAACCGUUGGCGGCACGUACCAGCAGCGCCGGGAAGCGAUGUCACCGAUGGGCGAUUUACCUGCGGGCGAUGAACAGGAGGACGCGCUGGCAACAUCAACAACGGAUGGGAAUGAUCGGGAACCAGUAUCAACCGCGGCACGCACCCGUUACACGGCAUCUCAGUUGCUGGCACUACGCGAUUCGAAUCUGUCAAAGGUGCGUCCACCCUGCAUGGAUGAUCCCAAAUCGGAAAAGCACCUGAAGAUGAUUUCUUUGUUGGUACGCCGCUCCGAAACACCAUACGACGAUGAUGGACCGAAUGGUGGAGGUGGCGGCGGAGGCGGCGGUGGUGGCGGAGGAGCAUACGGACGGAUCCGAUCGUCGUACGGUGGAAGCGGCACAUCAGCUGGUAUCGGCGGUACCGCUAGCGGUGGAUCAUUGUCCGGAAGUGGCAAUGGUGGUCUCAUCGGUGGCCGUAAUGAGAUGCGUCGUUCGGUGGGAGGCAGCGGCAGCGGGACAGGCGGGAUGGCCGAUCCGAAGGAAAGGCUGCGGAAGGAGGAAGGUAUCGUGCUGUCACCGCAGCGUCGUUCGUUCAACAUGGGAUGUCAGAUGCCUUCCGCACCGUCAUCAGCCGGCGGAGGAAACCUUGGUCUGCCCGGCAGCUUGCUGCGUUCCGAUCGUGACAUGCUCGGGGGCGGCGGUGGUGGCGGAAGUGGUGCACGGGAGCGCAGAAUCGGAAGCGGACGGAUUAUGACGCGUGACAGCCUGUGGGAGUACCGGAUGGAGUCGGGUGACUAUCGCACCGGAAGCGGUGGCAAUUCAUCAUCGGCCGGUGGUGGUUUCCGGGAUCGGGAACCGAUGCGCGACGGCAAGGAAGGGAAGGAAGGUCCACGGGGCCGUAACAACGAUGGACGCAGUCUGCAGGAUAAAGAUUACCAUGACGAUGGACGUGGAUAUGAUCGGGACGCGAGGGACGGUCGGGGGGACGGUCGAGACGGUCGGGAUGGUCGGGAUGGUCGAGACGGUCGGGAUGCGAGGGACGGUCGAGACACUCGGGACGCUCGGGACGCUCGGGACCCUCGGGAAUCCCGCGAGCGGCGUGAUCGAUGGGACAAGAAUGAUAAUGGCCGUGGCCCGAUGCGUGGUUUUCACAAAGGUGGCUCCUCCGGCGGCUAUGGGGAAGGGCGCGGUGAUGGUUCAUAUUACGGUUACAACAACAACUACGGUACGGGUAACUACGGCUCAAACAACAACAGCCAUCACCAUCAUCAUCAUCACCAUCAUGGUGGUGGUGGAGGCGGUGGUAUGUCGUAUGGCGAUCGUCGCCGCUACAACAGUGACAAUGGGCGCGAUAACGAGGAACCGGAAUGGUUCAGCGAACCGACAACCCAGCACGAUACGAUCGAGUUGCGCGGUUUUGAUGAAACGGUAUCGGAACACGGAAGUGAAUCAGCGGGCGAAACGAACAGCGGCAAUACGAACGAUUCCGGUUCGUCCGAUCAUCAACCGGAACAGCAGUCAACCGAGCAGCAGCAGCAGCAGUCCGCGAAUGAGGAGGCCGACCCGGAGUCGGAUGAAGUUCGUCUCCCUGGCAACCGAUCCUGCGAGCAAGACCUGUUGAAGAUGAUCGAAGGGGUGGAGGACACCGAACGGUCGAAAGGUGGAUCGGUGAACGAGAACGGCAUCCAGAAGGGGGGCGAUCAAUCGUCUGGGGAUCAACCGGCUGGUGAUGAAUCGAUGAACGAUGAUAUGCGCUUGAUGGAGGAACUGUGCGGCUUCCGCGACAAGGUGCUGACCGAAUAUAACGCUAUGGAUAUGCUAAAGAACACUUACUCCAACCUGCUGAAUAAUGUUCCUGUUGGCGGGAGUCGUUUUUCGCAGUUUUUCCGCCAGGAGAACGAUAAGGGUAAUGCGUCCGAUGGUAAAGAUACGCGCAGCCGUCAAAAUUCACUGCACGAGGACAUCGAUAAGAUGAUGAAGGAUAUGGCAACGUUCGAGGAGAAUGCAACGGCGGCCUCGUGUAAUAAGUAUUUCGCACCGAUCUCACCGGCCGCCACAUCGAACUCGUCGCAAUCAUUCCUCGAGCUGUUUAACCGUUCCGCGUCGAUGAAGAACCAGCUGGAUCCACAAAUGGCCCAGCAGCAGCAGCAGCAGCAGCAGCAGCGACAGCAGCAACAAGCACCGCCACCACCACCAUCACAUCACCAUCAGCAACAUCCGCAAGGGAUGGAUCCGAACCAACCGUUCGAUAGGCAUGCGAUGCAGCACAUCAAAUCGAUGAUGGCGGACGAGCAGCAGCAUAAGCAGCAGCUGCACCACGAACAUCAGCAGCAGCUGCAGAAUCGUAACUUGCAGCAAAUGCUGGGCGUUACCGGUAGUAACACAUCCGCCACACCGCCGGUUGGUGAGCGUGCCCCGGUACCGCUAAUGUCUAGCCUUGGUUCCAUGCCGAGCCCGGCCAAUCUCGGACAGGUGCACAGUGUCGAAGAGCUGGAGGCACGCUUCCGUCUGUCCGAUCUGAACGGGGACGGUGCCGGUGCUGGGGCUGGUAGCGGUGGCAGUACCACCGGUAUGGUUAGCGGACCAGUCAGCGGUAGGGUUUCCGUGUCGAACGAAACAUUCCCGGAACCGUUGGUAAUCGGUUCCAUCCCACGACUGAUAAUGCCGGGCAAUGAUCCGGCGAUCGGGGCACUACAUUCGCAGGCACCACCAGCACCAUCGGGACCGGACAGUGGUGCUGUACGGCAACAGGAGCUGCUCGCGUUCAAGAAGCUGCUCAACCAGAUGAGUGAAAAUCAGAUGAACGGUGUAGGACCGGCAGCGCCACCACAAGCCGUACCACCACCACCACCACCAGCGGUUCCGCACCAUAACCAUCCAGCGCAUCCGGCGCACGCUGCACAUAUGGCUGCGGUAGCGCAGCAUCAGGGUGGGCAAGGUCCGCACCAGGGCACGACAAUGUCCGCACUGCCAGCCAUGCUACAGAUGAUGCAUAUGGCACCGAUGCCACAUCCAGGAAAUGAUCAGCGCCAUGCCGAGUUGCUGAAGCGCCCGGAAACGCAAACCCUCAUGAUGGCGGUUGCGCGUGGCGAAGUGUCCCAGCACAGUCUCUGGCAGCAGCUGGCCAACCCGGCAACGGUGCAAUCGCACCGGGAAAUUAUAUCCGCCGUGCUAGGCGCUUGUAACGGUGGUUCGCGCGUAGUAUCACCGAGCCUGCUACUUAAUCCGAACAGUAUUCAACCGCCGAUGCCAAUGCCGAUUCCACCGCCUCCCGCUCCUGCCGGUGCCAAUGCGAAUCUGCUGUUUCAUCCCAAGCAGCAGGUACGCCUUUCGCCACUACCGAAUGGGAUGCCGCAACGUAUACCGUCGCCCCGCGAGCUGCAGUACCAUACGCAGUCCAUACUGCAGAAUGCGCUCAUAAGGAAAAAGCUGGAAGAGCAGCGUGAAAACUAUCGCAAAAGGCAAGAGCAGCAGCAGCAGCAACAGCAACAGCAGCAACAGCCGCAGCAGCCCCAAUCGCAACAACAACAACCAACACAACCACAAUCUUCAUCUCAACCGCAACCACAGCAGCAGCAGCAGCAGCAGCAACAAUCUCAACAAGCGGAACAGGAACAAGCGAAAAUGAAGGAACAGACGCCACCGUCGCAAACGAUGCAAAACUUCCCGCAUCUGGCACAGUCACAGCCGGAACAGGAGCAGCCGAUGCAGCAUCAUCCUCCAGGGCCGGGCCAGGAAACGGUACAGGAGCCGCGCCAACAUUCCAACGUUAGUGAGCAGCAGCAGCAGCAACAACCAUCCGCCCAGGGGCAACCGAUAUCUGCCGGUGGUGCAGCAAACGCUAAUGCGGAAACAGUUGCAAUGGUAUCACCGUCCACCGCUAUGCUGAAGGGUGGCCCGGGACGUAUGAUUAGCUGCUCGACCGCGAACGCGGUUUCACCAUCGAAGCAAAACGUGAUGCAGACGCAACAGGUCGCUUCAUCGCCGACGCCGCUUGCAUUCACGCCCACCUCGGUGCUGCGCAAAAUGACUGCCGCACAGGAGAAGGAACCGGACAAUGCGAUGCCGCACCAUAUGCAGCAGCUGCCACCGCAGCAACAACAGCAAGGACCGAUACAGCAACCACUGCCAUUACCUGCCCAUCAGCAGAUGAUGCUGAACGAACAGCAGCAGCAGCAGCACAUGCCACACGUUGAUGCGGGUCGUAUGGGGGUUAACAUAUCUGCGCUGAUUGAAAUGCAGCAUCAUCAAUAUCUAAAGCAGCAAAUGCAUAUGCAGCAGCAGAAGCCACCGUUCUCGCUGCAUCCACAUCCCGGUCAGCAUCCGGUAAUGCAUCCAAUGCAACCACCACAGCCCGGUGCACAGCAGCAGCAGCAGCAACAGCCGCCGCAAACUGGUCCUGGAUUCCCAACCGAAUCUCAACCACCGCAAACGGAACAUCAACAGCAGCAGCAGCGAAAUAUGGCUGGACAACCGUCACCAUUUGGGCCGCAAGGUGGUCCCCAUCCGCCACCGAUGAAUAUGAUGCAUCAUCAUGCACCGGGCGUUGGACAGAAUCAUUUGCCGGUGGUGCCAGCGAUAAUAAAUCCAAUGAAUUCGAUCACAUCGAUCCCAUCGUCAGUCGUUGGUGCGAUGCGCAAUAUGCAGCCUGCGAUGGCGAACAACAUUCCAUGGAAUUUGAAGCAGUUGCAGCAGCAACAACAACAGCAGCAACAACAGCAGCAACAGCCACAAGCGAAUAUAUCGCAAUCGCAACAAUCGCAGCCGGGUGGUGGUGGACAACAACUUUUGCCACCGCAACUUGCUCAACAGCAGCAGCAGCAGCAGCAACAAAAUCAACAGCAACAAUCCCAACAACCACCACAGCAGCAGCAGCAACAGCAACAACAGCACAUUGCUAUGCCGAAACCGCAAGGCAGACCUAUAUUGAAAGGAGGCAGUGGAAACGGUGGACAGGUACCGCAACAGUUGCAGCAACAACAGCAGCAACAGCAAAUGCCGCUGAUGCAUUCGCUACCGCAGCAUGCCCUUUCACCAAUGGCGGGCGCGAUGAACUUUCCCGGCAACAUGGAUUUCCAGCAGCAGCCGUUCAACAACAAUCGUAGCGGUAAUCCGAUUCUUGGUGCGCAUCACCCAAUAUCGCAGCCACCACUGUCAUCGCAGCAAGGUCAGCAGCAGCAACAAUCGCAACAGCAACCACAGCAGCAGCAGCAGCAACAGCAACAGCAGCAACCGCAACAACACUCACCGAACAUUAUUAGUCCGCAUAUGCAACAGUUGCUGCACCAGCAACGCCAUCAGCAGCAGCAGCAACAGCAACGUGCUAUCCGUAAUCAGCACGUCCAGCAGCAUAUGACAAUGGCACCGCAGCAACCGUUCCGGCUUCCCAACAUGUCCGUUGGUGGUCAGCAGCAGCAGCAACAACAGCAGCAGCAGCAGCAGCAACAAAACGCAUCAGUCAACGCUCCACCGUCCGGUGGCGUUAUUAACUACAACCGUGACGGUGGACUGUCGCCGACCAGCAAUCAGCUAGCGCGCUGGUUCUCACCCGAGCUGCUCGCCCAAGCCUCGGCAGGUAAGCUUCCGUCGCUCAACAUCGGACAGGCGAUGAGCCUGGAGGAGUUCGAGCGCAACAUUCAACACUCAUCGACCACUGUACAUAACUAAGGCGGGGGGUUGCGAUUUACCCGCCCAAGGCAAAGGAGAGAAACUUAUUGUACGAAGUAUGUGCUAUGUGGGAAGUUAGGCGAAACUUUCGUUUUUUUUUCUUCUUCUCUUCCGUAACACAUUAAUUUAUAUUAUUUUUAUUAUUAUUAUUGUAAUUUUAAUUUCGCUUUGUGCAUCUUCUAUACCGGAUAGGUUUGUUGUGAUGAUACAGCAUCACAGUGAGUGGCUAGGCUGAAGCACAACUUCACGUUGAAGUCGGAAGAUGUAGAGCGGUGGAAAGAUAAUAUGCAAAAAAGGAAAAAAAAAACACAAAUCGAAAGCAUUCGUUACAACUUGAGCAAGAGGGAAGAGAUCAAACAAGACGACCAAGGCGCUGAAACAUUUCGCACUGGUAUAUUGUUUUGAGAGCAGAUUUGAUUGACAUUGAUACGACUUCCUUUUGAGCGUAGUGCAAACAUGCAUUGCAAGCAAACAGAAUAAAAAUUACUCAAAUUAAUCACACACACACACAUGCAGCGAUACUAAGCCUAGGGUAUAUUUGCAUGUAUCAACUUCAGAGAAUGUAAUUUUCCGGCUGCAAAAGACUAAAUAAAGAUUUUACAUUCAACGGUAUUAAAAGAAAAGAAGACAAGCUUAGAUUUUUCUUUGCUUAAAUCGAUCGAACACCGGAUGUGUUUAGAAUGUACAGAUUUUUAUUUAAUCAAAACUUUCCCAUUACAAAUAUAUUAUCAAUAAAACAAAAAAGCAAACACACACAAACUUCUCUUAAUAGGAGUACUUUUUACGUUAUUUUUGGAAGGUCACCAAACUGUUAAAUUUGCCAUUUAUGGGUCUUAGUAGUCGAAGGGCUGCCAGGGAGUGCGGUAAACCUCUGAAUAUCGACGAGCGAACGGUGUGUUUACUGACCUUUUAGAAGGAUACAAUCCUUACCCAAGUAUAGGAAGAAGCAGAACUGUCGAAUUUAAUCUACAGAACUAUUUGUUAAAUCGUUACUAGAAACCAUCAAAAUUGCGGUCGUCCGUUGGCUGUCAGUGUGUUGUGUGUGUGUAUAUCUGUCAUGCAAAAUUGUAUAGAUUGGUGGUUAGGCAGAGAACGCUUCCCCCACCCCGAGAAAGGCUAAGGAAAACUGAUGUAAAAACGAUAAAUAUUAGGCGAUCCCGAAGAACGCUUGUGGUGUGUUCGAAUGCUGAUUUAGAUCGAUCCGCAUCCGCAGCAAGAACUGACUAGAUUUAUGUUGAUCACGUUCAAUAACACGUUCCGGUUUAUACAGUUUGUGUCCCUUCGCACCGAGCUUCGGUUGGUACGGUGUGUUAGGAUCCAAUUAGGGACCUUCUCACCUUACCCUACACGUCGUACCCUACGGAACUUGGAACAAAAGAGUUAGCAACGGGGGUGUAAAUGCCAAUAUUGUCAGGAUUUUUUUUUACUUUCCAAACAGCAGGCUCGCGACAGGUUUUGUUGGUACAGUUGUGAGGCAAUGAAGGGAGGAGGAGUCAUUACUACGAUGAAAUAUAUCUUGCAAAACUUGCUUGCUUCACUGCGGUGCAGCGUAUUAGAUACACCAGGUAUCUAAGGUCCGAAAAAGUCCUCUCAGUCCGUCCAGAAAGACAGAGCAAGCAUGGUAGACCCAGAAAAGGAUGGCACAACUGAAUGCGUUCAAUAGAAGGACCCCCGGGCUAUCGAUUUAGCAGACCGAUGGGACUCAACCUGGUGGCAGUGCUCAGUUGUAUACGAUUUUUGUUUUCAAAAUUUUGUAUGGGAUUUGACAGAUAAAUUCGUAUUUUGGCAUCUGAUUUUAUCUGUCAAAUCUCAUACAAAAUUUUGAAAAAAAAAAAUCGUUUCGACUGAGCACUGCCACCAGCCUCAACUGGUUGCGGUUUUGGGCCACUCUUCCAGUUUGCAAGUUUCAACUCAGUUUGUGUAUGCUUACUAAAAAAAACGUAAAUAGGAGAAACAUGUUGAAAUUAUACUUAUUAAAAACGCGUUCCAUUUUUUUUUUUGGUUUUCUCUUUAGCUCUCUUUUUAAUCCUGAUUUUGAAGCAAUUUUGGUUUUAUUUAUUUCUCUCUUGAAUGAUUUAAAAUCAUCUAUUUGAACAUUUUGUUGCUUUAAUUUGGAGAUUUUUUUUGGUUUAAAUUAUAAUUAAAUUGCAUUACUAUAAGAUAAUGUAAUGAUAAUGAUAAUGUGCAUACAGGAUUGUUGUAUCUUGUAUAACUCUGUCUCUCUAUCAUUGAUGGUUAAAUGAAUUUUGAACAUCAUCACCACACCUUUGUCCAUCGAGAAAAUCCUUCCGUUUGCAUGGCAUGAACUUUGAACGUGUUUCAAUAUGUAGGUUAGGGCAGUUUGCAGCACGGUAGCCUUCCUUCUCUCGCUACGCCCAACGCAUUCGCAAGGAAAAUGCGCGAGCAUGCUGAGCGCCGUGUACAUAGCAAGAAGAUAAAUGUUUAUGUUCAGCAUAAACAAAACAAAAGCAAGCAAGCGUAAAUGAGUGCGACAGAAUAAACAAAUACAGAUAAACCACACGUUAAUUAGACACGGCAGAAAUAGUAACUAAAUGAAAGCUCGUGGCGCCAACUCGACUACUAUAAAGGAAGAAACAUCGCUAGGCUUAAGGUGCGCAGAUCGAAAACCGAAAAACUGAUUAAAAUGUAUGAUUGUUACUCACAAAAAAAAACAAACAAAAAAACACACACACAUUAAUAAAUCAUUGUAAAACGGUACUUAUAAGGACAAAA